CCACCGUCGUACGGUGGACUCGUUUCAGCCUUCGAGCCCAUGUUGGGAAAGUGGAAGGCUUCUGCCGAUAACCAAAAAAUCAAAACAAAAAGUCCCGAAAUGUCAAAUGGCCUUGGUUAAAUGUUUGAGUCUUACCAACAAUGUGGAUGAACCGUUGAAACGCGGUCAAUAAACACGUCCUCUUGAAUCAGACGCAAGACUUUAACCCUCAAGCAUCAUGUCUGUAGCCCAAUUUCUGGCUGGUUUGCCCUCGUUUAACGAAAGCAACUUUUCAAAGUACCACACCGACAGCAACAUUAGGAGUUCCUCAAAGAGGCCCUCGGUUUACAUCACCACCAAGGACUAUCCCGUACAGCAGGUAAUCACGACAGAAAGAAGCAGCAUUCUCCUGAAUUAUAUGCAACAACACUGGGAUAGAAAGGCCGUCUUAAGGAAGCGGGAAGUUACAUUGUCGGAAGAGCCCAGCAGAAAACGGCAAAGACUGACCGGGCACACGCCCUAGAACGGCUCAUCGAGAGCAAAACUGUUGUAUAUAAACCUAUUUUUCCGGAUCUGUACAGCGUGUCCCAGUUCAGACAAACAUUAAUGAUUUGUUUAGUCCUCUUCCUUAAAGCCAGUGUUGGCUUCAACUGGGCAUACUGUUCGGGUAUUUUUCUACUUUACCUUACACCUUUCGCUCAUAAUUCUACUUGAAUUCAUCAUUAAAUUUGGUCGGAAAUCCAGCACUGGCAAGAAUUACUUGUAAUUAUUAUGUUAAUAGAUUUAUUUAACUAUG